UCGUGGCAUUUAGACCAUGCAGUCAGUAUCACCUGACAAUGUAAGUAAUGUUGCUUCGAGCUGGCAAUUCUGGUACAAAUAGCAGCAGAAAUAUAGCCCUUGGUGUAUGAGAGGUGCAAGGAACGUGAAAAAUGCUCACUGCUCCAGCAUCAGUAUCUCCUCCCUGAUGAGGGUUAACGAUUUCACCAGAAAAAAGUUGUCAACAAUACUGAAUUUUGGAAAAAUUAUCAUCUAUACCAGCAACCUCAGGAUCAUAAAGGCACCACCGACUCAGCAAAAGCUCAUAAGUAAACUUCUCCAAACUCAGCUGAUCUCUGAAAAUACAGCAAACCUGGGCAGAAAGGAAGAGGCUGAAGAAAGUAGUGAAAAGCAGUUAGGGACAGCUGAGGAUGGUGAAUCGGAGCCUACAUGCCUGCAGUGCGGUGGGACAGGAUCUGUCCCCUGUUCUUUGUGCCAUGGAAGCAAACUCUCAAUGUUUGCCAACCGAUUCAAAGAGUCAUUUCGAGCUAUACGGUGCCCAGGAUGUAAUGAGAAUGGAGUGCAGCCAUGUCAGACCUGUGCUGAUUAAAAGCCUUAAAACACUCAAUAUAUUGUUUAGUCUCCUGUAAACUCUGAAUUUACAUGCAAUUCCAUACAACCUUUGCUGGAAAGUGUAGAUGUGGUCGAGGAGCAUGGUGUGGAUGACGGAGAGUUGGCAGAGGAGAGGCCAUUGUGUUGUGCUUGGAACAAUGAACAUUUAUGAUGCAGCUGGUUGGACAUCUUGAAGAUGCCAAGGAACAGGGAUACAGUCUAUUUAUACAAUGGACUUUGAAACAUAUGCCUCUGCUGACCAGCAAAACGUGACAUACAUUUCCAUUUCAGUAUACAUAUUUAUCCAUCUAACUUUUUUGUAACCUAUUUAUCUACCGAUCGUGUAACUUAUUAAAAAUCUAUUUAUCUAUCUAUCAAUUUAACUGUAGUGUGUUGAAUGUAUUGGUGGACAGUGGGGAUUGCUAAUUGUUCCAGUU